GAAAAAAGCUUGCAUGCCUUCUUAAAAGGCACGUGGGUGGUGCAGUGUCCAGAAGCACACGUGCACAACCCUGAUAGAGACUCAAGACCCGACCCGAAAGUCAGACCCACUGUUUUGGGCAUCUGCACUGAUUUUGUGAUUUGUUGACAGCUUUCCAUGCUUUGGCAUUUGCAGGGACUGCCACCAACUGUCUGAAGUCCCUCCCAGAAAAUGACGAACAACCCGCAUGGCCACCUCUUUAUCUUGCUCACACUCGUCUCUUUCCCACCAUCUAAACCCAACCAACCGAGAGAGAGAGAAAAAUCUCUUUCCUUUGGGUUUGUUUGAUUGUCAUCUAUUUUUCAACAUUUUCACGUUCAUUUCCUCCUCCCUGCACGAAAGUACUGAAAGGUUCUAUCAAAAAGAUGUAUGAGGAUGCACCUUCAGCCCCAUUGUUAUCCUUUUACAACUCCUCGAAAUUGGAGGAAAGUGCUGAGAAUGAUGAAUUAGGUGUUGAACAAGAUUCUCAAUACUCCCGCCCCACUCUUUCAGAGGUGGUUGAAGAGAUCAAACAGCUAUAUAUCAUAGCCAUUCCAAUGAUCCUUACCGGGCUUUUCAUCUACGGCAAAUCUGCAAUAUCAAUGUUCUUCAUGGGGAAGAUAGGGAAGGAAGCAUUAGCCGGUGGCUCUCUCGCAAUCAGCAUAGCUAACAUCUCCGGCUACUCUGUCAUUUCCGGGCUUGCAAUGGGCAUGGAAGGGAUUUCUUCUCAAGCUUGCGGGGCCAAGCAAUGGCAUCUCAUGGGUCUAACCCUCCAGCGCACUAUCAUAAUACUCUGUUUAGCCUGCAUACCCAUUUCAUUUCUGUGGCUAAACUUCCAACCCAUCCUUCUCUUUUGGGGCCAAAACCCCACCAUUUCAUCCAUUGCCGCUACCUAUCUCGCCUUCUCUCUUCCCGACCUCCUCUUCCAGUCCCUCAUCAACCCUCUCAAAAUCUUCCUCAGAACCCAAGAAAUAACCCUCCCUCUUAUGCUAACCGCAGCUUUCUCUCUUGCCCUUCACGCCCCCAUCACCUCUUUCAUUGUACAUCAUCUCGACCUCGGCAUUCGAAGCAUUGCCUUGGCAGGCGUGUUAACCGACCUAAACCUCCUUGUCAUGCUUCUGCUUUACAUCUGCUUCUCCGGCACUUGCAGAAAAUCAUGGCAGGGCUGGUCGCGCCAAUGCUUCAAGGAAUGGAAACCAAUUCUCGACCAAGCCAUCCCCAGCUGUAUCUCCGUCUGCUUAGAGUGGUGGUGGUACGAGAUAAUGAUACUUCUUUCAGGCAUUCUCACAAACGCCGCCGAGGCAGUCGCCACCAUGGGAAUUCUUAUACAGGCAACUUCGCUGGUCUACAACUUCCCUAUUGCUCUGAACCAAGCUGUUUCGACUCGGGUAGGUAACGAACUCGGCGCUAACCGGCCAUACAAGGCGAAGAAGUCGUCAAUUAUAGCGCUAUCUUGCGCCGUUUUCACUGGCCUCAUGGCCAUGCUGUUCAUGAUAACCAUGAGAAAUGCUUGGGGUCGGAUUUUCACCGCCGAUAAAGCGAUACUGUCGUUGACGGCAGCGGCGAUGCCUGUGGUGGGACUGUGUGAGCUAGGGAACUGCCCGCAGACAACCGUUUGCGGGGUGCUGAGAGGCAGUGCCAGGCCAUCUCUGGGUGCUUACGUCAACCUGGGAUCGUUCUACGGCGUUGGAUUGCCCUUUGCAGUUUUCAUGGGCUUUGGGAUGGACAUGGGCCUAUUGGGCCUUUGGUUGGGCUUACUGGCUGCUCAGAUGGUGUGUGCUGCAAUAAUGGUGCUCGUGCUGUCGAAAACGGAUUGGAUGGAACAAGUAGGCAGGGCCGAAGACCUUACUAGUAUUCAUGUGGAGGACCAACACCCUUGACGGAUAAUUAGCGGCCUAAAGGCUCACACUUAUAAGCUUACCAUACGAAGCAGAUUAAAAAAACAAAAAAAGAGUUCAGAGUUGGUGUUUUUGUUUUUUUGUUUGCAA